AAGACUAAAUCAACCCCAUUUCGCAUUUCCUCUCCUCAUAACCAUUAUAAUUUAUAAUAUAUAGUGUUGGAUCAGUUGUCGCAAUGGCCUCAUCGGGAUCGUGGACGUCAAGGCAGAACAAGAUGUUCGAAAAUGCCCUAGCUGUUUACGACAAGGACACGCCGGACCGCUGGCACAAUCUGGCGAGGGCUGUGGGUGGGAAAUCAGUGGAGGAAGUGAAGAGGCACUAUGAGAUGCUUGUGGAAGAUGUCAACAAGAUUGAGGCUGGUGAGGUGCCCUUGCCCAAUUAUAGAAAACCUGGUGCUGUUGCUGGGAACGGCAAAGCCUACUCUAACUCCAUGGAUAUUGAAGAACAAAGGAUGAAGAGUCUAAAGCUACAAUGAAAUGAAGGUUCUCUUUUUUUUUUUUUUAUAAAAAAAGCUACAAGGAAGGAGAGAGUAAACCAGAGUUCGUAUUUCUUACAUAAAAGAAAAUGCGGAACUUCUACUACUACUAGUAGUGGCUAUAUAGGACAACAACAAAGAGUCAAAUGUGAUUAGUUUCAUUUCUUGCUGUUUUUUUUCCCUUGUCGAAUGCCAUAUUAUAUAUAUUCCUUUGCAGCUCCUUUAAAUGUAGUGAGAAAAAUGAAAAAUGUCAUUUUGUUCGUC